AUGGAUUACGACGAUUCAGCGCAAAUUAGCCUGUCCUCGUUGGUAGUGAUUAUCGUCAUCUCUGGCCUCCUAAUACGGUACCUUUUCUUCUCUGGAGGGAACGGCAAUGGUGCCUCUGGGUCGAGAGCAGCCGCCGCAAGAGAUCCGCUGGCGGCAGCGCGAGCGCGUGAAGCAGCUGUCGAGAGGAUACAACAAAUGUUCCCUCAACUUGACCGACGCACGGUGCUGUGGGACCUCCAAAGAACAGGCGGCAACAUCCAGCUAACUACGGAGAGGAUUCUCGCUGGACGGUUGGAGACACCGCCGCCCACAUUCCAGCCGCCGCCCCCUCCCCCUGGCACUGCCACCAGUAGCAGCAGCACAGAUAAUAAUAACAACGCCGGAGCGACAAACAACUCCUCCAGCGCGACGCCUUCUUCGACUCCGCUGCAGUCACAGCCUGACCUAAUCACGCGCUACAACCUGCACGACAAGCUCAACCAGCCGCUCCCCGCGGACGACCCCGCCUCUGCAGGCAAGAAAGCGUGGAGCUCGAGCCGCGAAGAGCGUCAGUCAAUUCUGCAGCGCCGGCGCGAUCAGAUGAUCCUUGAGGCCAGACGGAAGAUGGAGGCGAAGCUCGCCGCCGAGAGGGCGGCUGCAGCUGCAACUGGAGGCAGCAGCUGA